GAGGAGGACAUAUCAUGUACAAGUGAAAGAUCCUUUGAAAGAUUGACUAAUCUUCAAUUCUUAAGAAUCAGUGGCAAUGGCAUCAACCCACAAAGUCUGAACUACAUAUCCCAAAAACUUAGAGUACUCGUGUGGUCGGAGUUCCAGAUGCCAUCUUUUCCUUCUAGUUUUAAUCCAAAGUUCCUAGUCAAACUCGAGAUGCAGUUUUAGCGAUCUUGAGAAAUUGUGGGAUGAAAUUCGAUGAUUCAGACAGCUUGGAAGAGCUUCCUGAUCUCUCGACUGCCACCAAUCUCCAAGAAUUGGAUCUCAGUUUUUGCUCAAAUUUAGAGAAGCUCCCUUUCUCUAUUGGAAAUGCAAUUAAUCUCCGAAAAUUGGAUCUCAAAUCUUUCUCAAGUCUUGUGGAACUCCCUUCAUCUAUUGGAAAUGCAGUUAAUCUGAAAACAUUUUUAAUUUUUAAUUGCACAAGUCUACUGGAGAUUCCUUCAACUAUUGCGACCAUCACUAAUCUCAAAUCUCUUCGUCUCAGUGGAUGCUCAAAUUUGGUGGAGCUUCCCUUCAACAUUGAAUCAGUCACUAAUGCCAUGUGCAUUGAUCUCAGGUGUUGCUCAAGCCUAAUGAAACUCCCUUCUUCUAUAGGGAAUGCAAUUUAUCUUCAAAAACUGGAUCUCAGUCAUUGCUCAAGUCUGGUGAAACUUCCUUCCUCUAUUGGGAAUAUACUGAGUCUCGAAGAACUGAAACUCAGUUAUUGCUCAAGUCUAGUGGAGCUCCCUUCUUCUAUGAAAAACCUUGGUAGAUUGUCGAAUUUGAAAUUAGAGAAAUGCUUGAAGUUAGUGAUUCUUCUGGCCAACAUCAACUUGGAAUCUCUCGGAUAUCUCAAUCUCUCAGACUGUUCUUUGUUGAAAAGUUAUCCUAAGAUUUCCACAGACAUUCAAGAGCUUGAUCCAUGGACCGGGAGAAUAUCUAGUCUACAACGACUUGUACUAAGCGGAAUGAAGAAGCUGGUAUCACUCCCUCUGCUUCCGAAUUCGCUAUUGUUCUUAGAUGCUGAAAACUGUGAGUCCCUGGAGAGACUAGAUUUCCCUUUUGGCAAUCCAGAUAUUCGUCUCAACUUCAUUAAUUGCUUCAAACUAAAUCAAGAAGCGGUAGAUCUAAUCAUCCUGACGCUGACUAACCAAUAUGCAGUAUUUCCCGCUGCAGAAGUGCCUCAGUGCUUCACUUACCAAUCUUCUGGGAGUUCUUUAACUGUGAAGUUGAAUCAAAAGCCUCUUGGUAUAUCAACCAAAUUUAAGGCUUGCAUCAUAUGUGCUGAUGGGAACGAAAAUGGCAUUGCUGAUGGGGACGAAAAUGGCAUUACAGAUUUGGUACAAACUGUAUAUUGUAGCAUCACGUCAGAAGGGAAUGCGCUCACUGCUUGCCAUAAAAGAGCAGGACAAGUUCUGAAGGGGCAUCUAUACAUAUUCGAGGUUGAGGUUGAAACAGAGGAAAUGACUUCCACUGAGCUAGUUUUUGAGUUCCUGGUCGGCUAUUGGCAUAUUUACGAAGAGAGAAUAAAUUCAAAAACAUGGGAGAUAAAAGAAUGUGGGGUACUCCAACUCCAGGAGGUCCCUUUAUUGAGCAUCAGAGAUGUCAAUGAAGAUAAUGAACCUUCAUACACUGAGAUCGGAGACAAACCUUGGAACCCAAGUAAGACAGAGAAGCAUCAAGAGAAAAAGAGCAAAAUCACUGGAGCUUCUUCUGGAAUAUGAUAUGGUGACAAGAGACUACUUCCGUUGUGAUUACGUUUCUUAUUUGAGUCCCAAAUAAAAUUUUACUUUUACGUCCUGAAAUUUCUUGUACUUUAGUAUCUUUCGGGUACUUUCUUGAGUAUAUAAUAAACAGCUAAAUUCUCCACCAAGAAUCAAUGCAGAGCAUCAAAGUUUCAAGUUU